AUGAAGUUUGUUUUGUUGAGCGCGCUUGUCGCAGCUGCAGUAGCAACCGAUGGUUGGGAUGGAAUUCAGGCGGUUUCCGCUGAUGGGUUCAAGUGCCUAGCCAACAAUGGAUAUUCAUUCUUUAUUGCUCGUGUCUGGGAAUCCGUCGGAAACUUUGAUACCACCGGCAUUCAGAACAUCAAGAAUGCGCGCGCUGCCGGCUGGAAUGACGUUGACGGGUAUAUCUUCCCUUGUCUUCGUUCUGGCUGUGCACCACCUGCCAACCAGAUCGAAGCUACCGUUAAUAAGCUGAAUGCAGAGGGGGCUCAAUUUGGAAUGUUGUGGCUUGAUCUGGAGCGCUUUGAAUGGCCAGCCGACCGUAAUGCUAAUCGUAAUUAUAUCAGUGCGCUUGGUAACCAACUUGAUGCAAUGCACAUCAACUGGGGCAUCUACACCAACUACAACAAUUGGGAAGCUAUCGUCGGUGCGGAUUGGGCGCAGUGGUCGAGCAAACCACUCUGGUGGGCCACCUACGACGGCAGAAAGGAUAUGGCCGACUUCAAGCCGUUCGGCGGUUGGACCAAGGCGGUAAAUGUCGACGGGUUCAAAUGCUUGGCUGCCCACAACUACUCGUUCUUUGUGGCUCGCGUUUGGCAUUCCUACGGUGACUACGAUGAGACCGGCAUUCAAAAUAUUAAGAAUGCGCGCGCCGCGGGUUGGAAAGACGUAGAUGGUUACAUCUUCCCUUAUACAAAAUGUUGUCAAAAACUGAAUGCGGAGAAUGCCAAUUUUGGGAUGCUGUGGCUAGAUAUUGAAAUUUUCGAAUGGCCUGAUAACAAAACAGCCAACCAGGAUUUCAUUAGCGAAUUGUGCAAGGAGCUUGAUGCUCAGAAAGUCCAAUGGGGGAUUUACAGCAGCGCCCACAAUUGGUUGAAUAUUGUUGGUCUCGAUUGGGCUGUUUGGAAGGAUAAGCCGCUAUGGUGGGCAACGUAUGAUGGAAAGAAGGACUAUGCCGACUUCAAGUCAUUUGGCGGUUGGACAAAGCCGGCUAUUCAUCAGUGGGCUGGGUCGGUGAGCGGGCCCUGUGGAGUCAACAUGGACCUCAAUUACUACCCU